AUGAGAAGUGGUUUAGUUAAGGAUUUUAGAAUUGGGUGCACUUGGCAACGAGAAAAACCCUCAUCUAGCCAACCAAGUCAAGAUAAAAAAAAAAGAGAGGAGAGAACGAAAGGAGAAGAAAACUUGGGUAACUCUAUGGGAGUCGUGUCUAUCCUUGAUGUUUUCUUCUCUUUCUGCUUCUUUCUUUUUUCUUUCCAUACACUAUUUGAGCUUUGGGCAAUUUUUUGUUCUAUUUGGGCUCAAACAGUGGUAGUGGGCCAUAAAAGUGUCCACUAUCUGUUUCCUAUCAAAAUCAAAAAAAAAAAAAGAAGGUCCAUUGUCUCAUCUCAAUCCCAUCUUUGUGCUUUAGGGUUCAAUUACUUAUUUUGCUUAGCUGCAUAA